AUGAAUGGGGCGUGCACGUUACCUAUUUCGAAAGGAACCUGGGUGACGUCUUCACGUGGCACGUGGACAGUCGGUGACAACCAAACUUACGUAGAGAACUUCCGGUCAAAAGUAAACGUCAACCAACCAACGGUCACACUCAGCUGUGAGCAGAAUUCCGCCGACCUCUUUGUGUUGGGGUUUCAGACAGAGAUAUUGACGGAUAUAAUCUUGGACUACUACAUUUGUUUGGAAAUUCCGUCUCAGAUAUCACCCAAAUACAUCAUAUACAUAGUUACAGAGACAGAUGCUGUAUCAGGUGACGAAUUCACGAGCAACCUGACAGCCGCGUGCGAUAACACAGGAUAUAGGUCGCCACAAAGGACACUGAUUGCCAUAAGCGCAGACGUCGCCGUGAAGGAGUUGAAAAUCACUCUUCCAAAUGUGGUACGCGGUGUUUAUGACGCUAACGUCACCUUCCCAAACGGUCAGACCGGAAAUGAGACCAUAGUCAACGUGUGUAAUGAUACAAGCUCUGGGGUUUUGUUCGGAAUGAACUACUCUACGAUAGAUUCCAUAACCUUUAUCUAUACCAGCAACAAUGAUACGGCGACGAACGGCGUCACCACAUACAGCUUUGUGUGCUGGGCUGUCGAGUCUACCGAUGGGUAUGUGCACGCCACUGUGUUCCCGGAGCUGUGCAAGGACGGUCAAAACGGGACCGCCGUUCCUUCAGGCGGUCAGAUUCUCGUCCUUAAUCCAUCUGCAACAUCAUCCGAAGAUGCAGAUGACGUCACUGUGUACAUCAUCAUUGGAAUCGUUCUAGGCGUUAUUCUAAUUGUGGCUGCUGUUAUAUUUGUGUUUGUCUGCCUGAAAAAGAGACACAAGCCUCAGGUUUGUUUGGAUGACUUUAGCCACAGUUAA